AUGGCACCUCAUCCCUUGGGUGCGCCCUCUAUCCAAGUGACCCGCGAGACCGAGCAACCUUUCCCUGGAGCCUCAGACAACGAAAUACUUAGCGCGGCGUCUGCUCCACCCAGCCCCACACUCACGUCCCGGGACUGUGCGGAGCCAGAAGCAGGUGGUUGCCGAGGGGCUGCGAAGAAGCUACGCGCUAGGCGCGGAGGGCGCAGCCGGCCCAAGAGCGAGUUGACUCUGAGCAAGCAGAGGCGGAGUCGGCGCAAGAAGGCGAACGACCGUGAGCGCAACCGGAUGCACAACCUCAACUCCGCCCUGGACGCGCUGCGCGGUGUCCUGCCCACCUUCCCGGAUGAUGCGAAGCUCACUAAGAUCGAGACGCUGCGCUUCGCUCACAACUACAUCUGGGCGCUGACUCAGACGCUGCGCAUAGCGGACCACAGCUUCUAUGGGCCAGAGCUGCCCGCAACGUCGUGCGGGGAGCUGGGCAGCCCGGAUGGCGGCUCCCCCUGUGACUGGGGCUCCCUCUACUCUCCAGUUUCCCAGUCUGGUAGCCUGAGCCCCGCCACCUCGCUAGAGGAGCGCCCCGGGCUGCGGGCGCCUACCUCCCCUCCCUACCUACAUUCCGGCUCCUUGGUUUUCUCAGACUUCCUGUGA